AUGGGGGGCAAGGGGAGCAAAAAGAAAGCUAAUUUGAAGGUUAAAUUGAUAGUAAUUCUACCUCCAAGUAAGCUAACUAUUUUUUUUUUUUUUUUUAAGUGGGUAACGCUUUGGCCUUCAACUAUACCCUAUAGUUAUUUGGGAAUAUUUGGUACCUUCCUUAAUUAUUUAGUGGAGAACCACCACAAAUGGGUGUGCUAUGGGUUCUGGGUAUCCUGGCUGAUUCAUGUAGUAGAAGCCUUCUACGGUGUUAAGUUAUGCCAAUCUAAAGGAAUCACUGACCCGGCAAUUCAGUUUCAAUGGUUCAUUCAGACACUUUUAUUCGGGUAUGCUUCCUUUGGCCUUCUGGUGUCUUACAAACCUUCAGCCAAGAAGCACUACUAG